AUGUCUUAUGCAAACGCUCUAUCAAAAAAGUUGACAAAAACUCCCAUAGAGUUUAAAAAUCUACCAGAUGAGAAAAUAUUGUUUGUUAUGGAUUCGUAUGCAUUGUCUAAAACUGAUAUUGAUUUCAGUCCUACUAAUAUAGAUUCAAUGUCUAGUGUGGCAAUAAUUCGAAGGGCAUACAGAUUUUUUGCAUUACAAAAGAAUCGGUUCCAAAAUAACUCUUUUGGUAUUUGUCUAUUAACCCCACACUCAUUUAAUCUAGUUAUGGAUUUUACAACAAAUAUUAAUGUUGUAAUCGAAAAAUUAUCAUCUAUAUUGAAUCAAAAUGAUAAACCUGAAGAAGUUGUGGCAUAUGAUUUCGGCCCUUUGUUAAAAUAUAUUGGUAAAUUAAGGAAUCUUCACAAAGAUUGUAUAUUUAGAGUUAUCAUGACUUAUAACAGAGAUGACUGUUUACCGAUUAUUGAACCACUAGACAAAAAGACAUUUAAUAUUUUCUGUUCACCAACAUUUUAUUUUGAUACUGUUUAUGUAUGUGAAAAUAAUAUUGAAACAGAUGAGAUGGCUCAAACUAUUUAUGGUAAGCUGGCUCUAUUGUGUAGUACUUGGUCUCAAAAAGUAUGUGUCCAACGUAAGCCAAUGGCAAUUAUAAAUGGAAUUACAUCACUGUUGCCUCAUCCCUAUACAAGAGAGCUUACCUCAAAAUAA